ACCGUUCAGGAUGAAUGAAGGGGAGAUGACGCUCGGGCCGGAACACAUCGGCUUCUACCUGCCGGAGUACAAGACGCUCGCGAGGUUGUACUGCUUGAACGGCGGAUACCAUCUCCGAAUACGGCCGGACGGGACCGUGGAUGGAGAACGGGAGGAGGCCGACGUGUACACCGUGCUGAAGACGACGGCGGUGAGCGUCGGGGUGGUGGUCAUCGAGGGCGUGGAGGCAGGGCGCUACCUGGCCAUGGACAAAGAGGGUCAGCUGUACGGAUCGAAAACAGUGAACGAGGAAUGCCGCUUCCAGGAGAAGAUCGAGGAGAACAACUACAACACGUACAGGUCCCAGGGGUCCGGAGAGGGGCGCUGGUACCUGGGACUCAAAAAGAGCGGACGGCCCAAGAGGGGGACGAGAACGCGCCUCGGGCAGAAGGGCGUCUACUUCCUGCCCCGACAGGCAGGCGGGGCGGGAGGGGAGGGGGGGGGAACCGAGCGAACGCCGAAUGAGGAGGGGCUUGCCGUCUGAGCCCAAACCAGGGAGCUCAGCCAUGUCAAGCGUUACUCAACCUGAACAGCAGUGGCGAAGGUUUCAUUUGAACAUUGGGGGG